CCCCAAAGUGAUUUAAAGUUUUUUGCUUUUUUCUAAAAGAAAAUACUCCCUACAUCGGAUAGACCAGAGUAAGCAAAAGUUUUGAAGUUUUGAAGGAAGAGAGAAGAAGGGUGUUUUGUAAUAUUUUAACAGUAGCAGUGGCGGUGGUUAAUGAUCAAACAGCUCUCUUUUUGAUGCAAGCGUGGGUAUAAAUGCAGGACAUUUGCCAUUACUCUUCUCUUUCACUCUGUCUUCUUCAAAAUAGACAAAUACCCAUUUAUUUUCUCACUCUAAAGUAAUAAAACUCCCUCCUUUAUUACUUUUCUUCGCUGGUUUUAUUUGACUGUUUUGUAACAGAGUUGCUCUGUUGCUGAGCAAACACACACACAAAAGAAAAGAGCUUUGCGAAAAUUCUAUAAAAGCUUUAACUUUUGUGUGUCUGGGUGUGUUGAAAAAAAGAAGGCUUUGAAUGAGAGUGCAGAGGGAGUACAAUAAAAGUAAGCACAGAAUCUGAAUAUGGGUAUCUUUCUCUUUCUCUACUUUUUGUUGAGUUCCUUUCUCUUUCUGGGUUCUCUGCUAAAUUCUGACUAGGGUUUUGAAUGAGAAGGGUGGCUUUAUUUAUUGUACUGAAACCAAUGUUCUCUUUUGUUUUCUUGGACUAAAUUGACUGCUUCUGGUGGACCUUUUUUCUUUCUUUCUUUUACAGAUUUUCUUUUAACUUCCUUUUUCUGGUCUGUUCUAUCUUUUUGUCCUGAAGAAGGCUUUUUAAUUUAUGCAAGUUUGGGUACUUCCAAUUUUCAGUUGUUGCUUUGGAAAUGGCAGAUGUUUCAGCUUGUGGUACAUAAUUCCAGUUAUGUUUUUUUGGGGGUUCACUACUUGAAGUGCAGAAGUGGUUUUCUUGAUACUUCCUCUGAGCAGUUCUUAUGAUUUUCUUUUGGGGUGUUCAAACAUAGUUGUGGAGAAAGGCGUUCAAAGUUAUUCUGCAUUAUUGUUGAAGAGGAAUGGAUGUAGGUGAAAAGGAUAAAUAUGAGCUAGAGAAGAGAAAUGACAAUAGCUUAAACUACCAGGCAUCCAGUAUGUCAUCGGCUUGGCAGUUUGGUGGUUCCAAUCUCACAAGUACUCCUAUGAGUUUAGUUUCUAGUGAUAAUCCCUUGGUUAUUGGUUCUUCAUCUGCUUCAGCUUCAAUGGGAGACUCGUUUUGUUCUAACCUUUGGGAGCACCCUUCUAAUUCACAAAACUUGGGAUUUUGUGAUAUUAAUGUGCAAAAUGGUGCAAGCUCUUCAAAUGCAAUGGGAAUCGGUAGAGGUGGUCCUGCCUCUGUGAGAGGUAGCAUUGAUAGACCAUUUGAGAUGGGAUGGAAUGCUUCAAGUUCAAUGCUGAAAGGGGGUAUAUUUUUACCGAAUGCUUCUGGGGUUCUACCUUCGAGCCUAUCUCAGUUACCAACUGACUCAGCUUUCAUCGAGCGUGCUGCCAAGUUCUCAAGCUUUAAUGGGGGAAAUUUUAGUGAUAUCGUGAACCCUUUUGGUAUUCCUGAAGCAAUGGGUGUCUAUGCUAGAGGUGUGGGCUUGAUGCAAGGACCGCAAGAUGUUUACACAAUCAGUGGGAUUAAAUCAAUUUCUGGUGUGGAAUCUCAGAGAAGUAAGUUGAUUACCACUGAAGCUUCUAGAGAUUUGCCAGCUGAAAAUAGGGCUACUCAAGAAAGCCCACUCAAGAAUGAGAGGAACGGUGGAAGUCUUGUGAGAUCAAAUGAAGAAGCAAAACAAGGAAAUGGUGGCUCUGGUAAUGAGUCUAAUGAGGCUGAGUCUAGUGGCGGUGCUGGAGGUCAUGAUGAACCUUCUGCAUUGGAUGGUACAGCUGGUGAAUCUUCAGCUAAGAUUCUUAGUUCUAAGAAAAGAAAAAGGAGCGUACAGGAGGCUGAGGUUGAUCAAGCUAAGGGAAGCCAAUCACCUGUCGAGGCUACAAAGGAUGGUGCUGAAAAUCAACAGAAAGUAGACCAGAACCAAACUACAAUGGUCAAUAAGACUACGGCUAAACAUGGAAAACAAGGUUCUCAAGCUUCUGAUCCACCAAAAGAGGAAUACAUCCAUGUCAGAGCCCGAAGAGGGCAGGCAACAAACAGCCAUAGUCUUGCAGAAAGGGUAAGAAGAGAAAAGAUCAGUGAAAGGAUGAAAUUUCUGCAGGAUCUUGUACCUGGUUGCAAUAAGGUUACAGGCAAGGCAGUGAUGCUAGAUGAAAUCAUUAACUACGUGCAGUCACUUCAGCGGCAGGUUGAGUUUCUAUCAAUGAAACUUGCAACAGUGAAUCCUCGGGUAGAUUGUAAUAUAGAAGGGCUUCUUGCAAAAGAUAUUAUUCAAUCACGAGCUGGUCCAUCAACUCUGGGGUUUUCUCCUGAUUUAUCUGUGGGUUAUCCUCCGUUACAUCCAUCUCAACCUGGACUUGGUCCAGGUGGUUUUCCUGUCAUGGAGAAUAAUGCUGAUAUUAUUCGUAGAACUCUCAGUUCCCACUUCACACCAAUGACCGGAGGAUUCAAGGAGCCUAAUCAGCUAUCAAAUGCAUGGGAGGAUGAGCUCCACAAUGUUGUCCAAAUGAACUAUGGAACAAGUACUGCUUCUGACAGCCAAGAAGUAAAUGGUUCUCAACCUUCAGGUCAUACGAAAGUAGAACUUUGAUCCUAAAGGGUUUAUAGCUCUAUCCCACGCAGCUCAUAUGACCCUCUACCUGUUACAUUUAUACCGCAUUCUUGAAGGUAGCCAAGGACACGCAAAUCACUCUUUCGAAAUUUUGAAGUAUAAGCAUAUGCAGUCACUACUACCCUGUUCUUAUUGAAUAACCGAAGAUGCUAUUCACCUGGUUUUAUAGCUAGGAAUAUCAGAGUCAACAUUCAACUGAGGCACAUGCUUGAAGGCCCGUGGUUCGUUAACUGUAAUGUUAGGGCAGUGAUACAUUUGUAUGAUUGUAUAGAUUGAUAAUAUGGAAAUCUUUUGUGAUAUAUGAGUAAUGUGUUAUCAAGUAUUCUUAGAUGAUGUCUUACUGUAAUUUAGUGAUGGAAGAGAUGUAUUUUGUUCAGUUCAGAGAUGUAAGUUGCUAUUUGUUGAUUAACUUUUUAAGGACAUAUAAUGUUCUUCAAUCUUGCUACUCA